AUGGCGUUCGUACUUACACCCACCUUUGCGCCGGCCUACCAGACACACCAGUACAACCCUCUCGGCUUCUGCAGCCCAGCAGCACGGUCACCAUAUGGCUGCCGAGUUGCCCGCCCUCAACCUCGCCGCCAACAAUACUCGCCGUACGGCAACUUCUUCAGUCAAGUCAAUGACCUAUUGAGCGAGAUUGACCGCGAAGCUCAACGCCAGACACAGCUCGAGGCACAUCGAGAGGCACAACGUGAAGCCCAUCGCCAAAGGCAACUCCAACGAAAGCGCGCACUUCGCGCCAAGUUUGACGUCAAGCCUAUUGAGCAGGGAUGGUCGGUAGAGGGAGACAUCCAGGGCUUUGGCCCAGAAAACAUCUCCAUCGAAGUUACCGACGAGCACACCCUGAAGAUUGCCGGAAACACUCACUGGCAAUUCGAAAAGGCACAGUCCGAGCCAGCACUACCUCAGAUCGAAGGCAAGGCUGAACCCACAUCUGCGCCUGCCAUCGAGCAACCUGCCGAGCAGACUCCUGAGGCAUCACAUACCGAGGAAGUCGACACUAUCUCGGAAGCUGAGAGCACAACAGCCGGCGUCGCAACACCAGAUAGCGACACCCAAUCUCACAAGUCCUACCAAGCCACCGUUGAAGACGACUUUGAAGACCUCGGCGACGAAUUCUCAUCUUCAUCUCGACCCUCAACCCCCGUUGAGCCAAAGGAGCCAAAAGGCAAAGAAAGGGCUGUUGAAGAGCCUACUCCUACUGAAACCACAGUAGCCACGCAGCCACAACCCGAGGCACCAGCUCUUGCGCCACAACCUCAACCCGAACAAGAAGAGCGCAUCCACGGAUCUUUCACCCGCUCCUUCAGAUUCCCCACUCGCAUCGAUGUCGCGAACGUGAGCGCGAGUUUCAAAGAUGGAUUGUUGAAGGUGCAGGUACCGAGGGUACAAGCACCAAGUGUUAGGAAGAUUGCUAUUCUAUAG